CUCAGUUCUCUUCCUAGCCAGCUUCUGAGCUUGGUAUGGAUAAUGGUAGAGCGGUGGAAGGUCAAGUGGGCUUAAAACAGAAAGAUGCGGAGAUCAGAGUCCAUGGACGUAUCCUGCCGGAGACCCAGACUCAGAACGCUGAAGAGAAAAAAAGUGUGAUCCACUCCUUGCUGUCUGGGGCAUUGGCUGGCGCUGUGGCCAAAACAGCCGUGGCACCGUUGGAUAGGACGAAAAUCAUUUUCCAAGUGUCGUCGAAUAAAUUUUCUGCUAAGGAGGCCUACCGGCUGAUCUAUCGUACCUACCUCAGUGAAGGCUUCUUCAGCCUAUGGCGAGGCAACUCGGCCACCAUGGUCCGGGUGGUCCCCUACGCUGCCAUCCAGUUCUGCGCACACGAGGAAUAUAAGCAGCUUUUGGGCAGCUACUAUGGCUUCCAGGGAAAGGCGCUCACCCCUCUGCCCAGAUUCAUCGCAGGCUCUCUGGCAGGGAUCACAGCUUCCAUGUUGACAUACCCCCUGGACCUGGUCCGUGCCCGCAUGGCAGUAACGCCCAAGGAAAUGUACAGCAACAUAAUUCACGUAUUUAUGCGAAUAUCUCACGAGGAAGGAUUGAAAACCUUGUACAGGGGCUUCUCACCUACCAUCUUGGGGGUGAUCCCUUAUGCUGGUUUGAGCUUCUUCACUUAUGAGACAUUAAAGAAGCUACACGCAGAUCACAGCAAUGGGAGAGAACCUUACCCCUUGGAAAGGCUUGCAUUUGGGGCUUGUGCAGGCCUGAUCGGGCAGUCGGCCUCUUACCCUCUGGAUGUGGUCCGUCGACGGAUGCAGACUGCAGGGGCGCUGGGCUACUCCUCCCAGUCUAUCCUCCCCACCAUGAGGGACAUCAUUCGGGAAGCGGGACUCGUCCGAGGCUUGUACAAAGGGCUCAGCAUGAACUGGGUCAAAGGUCCCGUCGCCGUGGGCAUCAGUUUCACCACCUUUGAUCUCAUGCAGAUUCUCCUCCGUAAAUGGGAGCGCAGCAGGAAUGUGCAGAGUUAACGCCAACUCUGCUUCCCGGGGGUUUCCUUGUGGAGAGGGAGUGACCACCAUGGUGGCAGUCAGUCAGUGCUGAUGAACCAGGAGAGACAAAUCCUCCUUUUUUAAAACCCUUUCCCUCAUCCCAGAUGAGAUUCUCACAGUAGAUCUGAAUGACCUCGGAGACUUUGGUCUCAGACACGCAGAUUCCUCUAACUGUGGCCAUCUCUCCGGUUUCCAGAUUAACGAAUGUGCAAAGAAACGAUAGUAGAAAUCAGUGCAGGAUUUUCACUGUUUUUACGAUGCGAUCUACACCCCCCCCCCCUGAAUUCUCCGAAAUAGAGGAGAAAAGGAACCUCAGUAGCAGCUGAGGUAAUUUUAUUGGUGUCAAACCUUUCCCCACACAACUCUUCCUAUUCCCCUUUUAUUUUUAAUUUAAAAAUAAUUUGUCCACAACUCUCCUCGCCUAUCGUUUUCCUCUUGGAAGUGCAGUGCCAGAUUGGGGUGGGGAUAUUUUUUCCACAGAGUUGACUAAAAAAGAAGGACACCUCCUCUGGCAUUUUUGGGUUGCUGGAAACCAGGAGAUCUUAAAUCGACAAGUGGUUCAGGUUGUUACCUUCCAGAGCAGCAUUUAAAUAAAGGAUUUUGUGUUUUGUUUUGUUUUUCAAAGGAGAAAAAAAAAAAAAGCAAGAACAGCAACCACUAGUACCAGAUAGGUUUUCCCUUUCCCAUUGGAGAUGGUUCCACUCGGUGGGGAAAACAUUACCAGCGCACAGUGUUAACUGGAAACUCUUGCUGUCUUGAUAUGCUCUCCGUUUUCAUUUCUUCAGUAUUAUCCAUAUCAUUUUCCCCCGUAGGGAAAAGGGUAGAGAAUGGAUGCCAUAAGUAUUUGGUUGGAUGGAAGGAAUGUGAAGGGAUUAUGAGCGCCUGAGAAUCUCCUCUUCCUAUUUUAACAUUAACUUUUGCCGGGUUCUCCGAUUGAAGGAAGAGCCCUCUGGUUCUUUCUCUCUGGGCCCUCCAUGCUUCGUGCAUUUUUAAGAUCUUGCUCGCUUGAAAUUGGAGGAAACACACCUGUUGGCAAAACCGGCAGCCUCCUGUUGUAGCCUCCUUCCUAAAUAGUAUAAUUUCACUGCCUAUUUUCCCUUUUUCUUUACUGCUGCUUGUCAGAGUGGAGAAUACCAUUGCGCCAUGUUGGGCAAGCUUCCUGUGGCAGCUUAUAUAUUUCCUGCAUUUUGGUCUCUCUGGGUAGUUUUUUUGCUGCUUUUUGCUCUUUUUUCUCUUUGCCGUCUUCUGCUUCGUUCAACUUUAAUGCCACUUUGGUUUGGGGUGAGGUGGGGGAUAGCAACAGAUUACCCCCGAUGCGAUUCUCAAGUCCUUCUCUUCUGGCUAAAGCAGAGGUUGGGAACUAUGGCCCUUUUUAUGGCUUGUGGACUUCAACUCCCAGAAUUCCUGAGCCAGCAUGGCUCAGCUCAACAUGGGUGGCUCAGGUAUUCUGGGAGUUGAAGUCCACAAGUCAUAAAAGGGCCAUAGUUCUCCACUUCUGGGCUAAAGGAAGAAAGGAGGAAUGGUGUAUAUUAUGGGGGUGGGGGGGGGGAAAGUGCGUCUGUGGCAAGACUAAAAGACACUCGGUUGUGAACUGACAUGGAUCCUUCCCCACAUUUUUUACAACAGGCUGGAAACUGAUUCUGAUAUUUGUGGGCCACAACAUAUUUUGUGGUGAUCUACAUGCACUACGGUCCCUCCACACACAGCAUCCUAAUGGUUCUUUCUACGAUCCUAGAAAUUCUACAAAUUCACUUGUUGAUUCUUGGCAACUUCGCCGUUCGAAUUGAUUCCUGCAAAGGGGCUCGGAAUCUAACGGAAGCUUUUUGUGGCCGUAAAGCGUUGGCUGCAUUGGAGAUGCUGUAAGCAUUUUUUUUUUAAGAGGCAGAAUUCAGAAUGUGAUGCGUAAGUGUUGCACACACAAAACACGUUGGCUGUGAGCAGCCUCAAGGCUGCUUAGCCUCCGACGUGCACAAGUCGAAUCACAAAUCAGUAAAUGUGAAAAAUGUCUCAAAUUGAGACUUAUGAAUAUGAAACUCAGCUCUUUAGAAGGUUUUUCUUCCGAUUUUAGAAUUUUUUAGAUCCCCACCCCAUCCCCGUCCACUGCUUAAGCUUGGUUGCCAAUCUAGCUUGUUGUUUUUUAAAAAAAAACCUGCUUUAUAUACUUAACAUUGCACCACUUACCUUAUGGUCUUGAAUAGAGCCUCUUGGCCAGAAAUGUUAGACACUAUCACAAAACAUCCCCUGGUCAUUGUAAUCAAAUCAAAUUCAUUGGGGAUGUGUUGGAUGUUUAGCUGGGGAAACCUGCUACAAUUGGGAUUAGUUAUCUAUUUGUGGGGAGCUAAUGGGGGUCUCCCUUUUGUUCCCCAGUAUCAACUCAGCUGGAGAACUUUACCAAGGCAAGUUCAGCUGUGUGGUUUUCUCUUCAUCUGCACAUUCCUAAGGUAGAGUGUCUAGACCAGGGGUCUCCAAAACUUGACAACUUUAAAGAUUUGUGGACAUGUCUGGCUGAGGAAUUCUAG